GUCUCCAACAUCAAUUUUUAUCUCAUGUCUCACAAUCUCGUCAUUGCCUGUCAUUGUUGAGUCUGCUCUUCUUGUCUACCAACUCGAAAAAAAUACAAAAUGCCACUUGGAUCUCAUGCGCGACUAAUUCUAUCAAUAAACUUGGUUUUGCUGAUGAUAUACACGAGUGUGGGAGAAAAUAAAUAUUCUGCCGAAGCAAACAAAUCGAAAUAUGCGGAUUCUUCGCAACCACCGAUUUCUCUCAGAGACUUGGACAAACCAUUCAGAAUGGCCAAGUUGAACGUAGUUUGGGCUAAGGCAAAAAAUCGUCUAACAGAUAUCAAAUUACAAUCGAUCUUCAGCGAUUUAAAAAUUCACGACAAGGAAGAAAUCGCGUACAAACAUUACAAAUCCGACGGAAAAGAUUCGGAAGGUUUGGAAGAAGCACGUCUGAGGAAAAAACUUAUUGGAAUAAUGAGCACUUACGAUUUGCUGGAACACUUUGCCGAGACUGAAGAUCCAAAACUGCUUAAACAGCACAAACCGUUAAAUGAUGGUAGCAAUUACGUAGCUAAAGAUAUUUUUCAGGAUACCAGACUGAACAAAUUAUGGGCCAAAGCUGAAAUGGCUGGUUUUACUGAUGAGGAGCUCAAAACUUUGAAACAAGAAUUUCAACAUCAUCAAGAUAAAGUAGAUGAAUACUUGAGUUUAUUGAAAGAACAGUCUGGAGAUAAAGAAAAAUCUGAAAAUGCGUUACAUCUUAAACCAGAAAGUUGGAACGAAUUGGAAGAAAGAGAGGAAUUAUCCAAUGAUAUAUUAGAACAGAAAUUAAGUCAUACAGAAAAAGCAAAUUUACUUCGGAAAAAACACUUGGAACUGAAAAAUGGAUUCGAUCGCUUAGAUAGACUCACUGCAAAAGGACCAAACCACAGAGACUUUGUAGAACCUAAAGUACAGGAUUUAUGGAGAACUGCCCUGAGAGCAAACUUUACUUCUGAUGAACUGAGAUCUUUAAAAGAAGAAUUAUUGCAUUAUGAAUCACGAUUACUCAAAGUACGGCACUUGCAUACUGAAGCAGCUUUGGAGGCGGCGGAAAAAGGGCAACUUCACGAUCUAGACGCUUCAGAGCAACAUAUAAAAAAACACAUUAGAACUGUACAAAAACUUCAUAAUGACCUGGAAACCAAAAUUAUGCAGAGACACACGGAACUAUAAUAGAUUGUAAAAAGUAUUAAGAUACAAAUGUGUUAAAAAUAUGUACAAUUUAUUUCAUACAAAAUAGUAAAAAAACAAAAAAGAUCUAUUAUGUACAAUAAAAUGUAGAUUUUUAAAUAAAUAUUUAAUUGUAUCAUGUUUCUGAAAAUUAAGAGUACAAAUAAUGUUGAUAAAUCUGUGAUAAAAGUUUACAUAUGUGUUACGCACUUCGUACAAGUUAUUAAGAGAUGUUCAUGCAUUUGGAUAUAUUAUAUUAAAUUAUAAUAUAUAAGACAUAUUACUGAGUUUUUGUUCUACAUUAUAGUGGUAUCUCUUGUGAACAACCUAUAGAGUUUUUUUAUUUUCAUCUGAGUCGCGAGAGUACAGUAGGGAGCACCAUAUCGUGCGGCUCCAGGGGAAGUAUUUCUCGGAAAUUUCUUCUUUAGCUGCUCCUAUUACUGCGCGCUCUUCUCCUACGAUCUUGGACCGUUGGCGGAGACCGAAGAAGAAUGGCGCGCGAUAGUGUAGAGCAUCCAAAGAAGAAAUUCCCGAAAAAUAUUCCCUCUGGAACCGCACGAUAUGAUGCUCCCUACUGUACAUAUAAAAAAAAUGGAAGAAUUUGAUGUUGCUUGAGAAUAUAGUGUAUCUAUAAUAAUAAAAUUGAUAUAAAUAAACUCGUAAAAGAAUAAUAAGCUAAUGAUUGAAAAGAAAGGAUCACAACGAUCACACGAAUUAUACGCUUUAACCUUUACGCUGCCGGAGCGUCUAUAUAUAGACGCUGUUGAGCAGCCUAUCAAAACAUGCAUACACUUCCACAAGAAGUAUAUAUAAAUACGUAUAAGUACUUAUAUAUAUGUACACACAUACACGAAUCCAAUCCGAAUUACCAUAGAAAGAUUUCUCAAAAGUAAUUAAAAAAAAAAUUUUUUUUUAAUUAAAAAAUAAACAA